UUGAGUCAUCUUUCUUCAUCUACAGCUCCAAGAAGGGGAAACUUUACUUGCACUGCUUGAACGAGCACUAUUGAAGACUUGAUGAAAAUGACCGGAAUAUUAUUUAAGUUUUUUGCUUUAAGUUAUUGUCUGUGUUUUGGAGAAGGAAUUACUGCAAAUUCAGAAUCGACAGGGAAGAAACAGUACCAGAUCCAGAACGGUCCAUGUUCUUAUACCUUUCUGCUGCCGGAGCCGCAGAACUGUGGAGGACCUUCAAGCUCCUACAACCAAGUUCAGCGUGAUGACAUGGUGGACUACGACAGCUCGGUCCAGAGACUGGAACAACUGGAGAACAUCAUGGAGAACUACACGCAAUGGCUGCAGAAGCUGGAGAACUACAUCCAGGACAACCUCAAACAAGACAUGGCCCAACUCCAACACGACGCCGUACAAAACCACACGGUGACCAUGAUCAGGAUCGGGACGAGUCUACUGAGUCAGACGGCUGAGCAGACACGAAAAAUCACAACUGUUGAAGCCCAGGUUAUUAAUCAAACAACUCGACUUGAACGUCAGCUUCUUGAGAACUCCAUUUCCACCAGCAAACUGGAAAAAGAAAUUCAGCAGCAGAUAAAUGAAAUCGGCAAACUGCGUGAUAAGAACAGUUUCCUGGAGAAGCGAGUAGAGGAAAUGGAAGGGAUGAGAAACACAGAGCAGGACAACUUAAAAGAGGAGAAAGAGCAGCUGAAGAAACUGGUGGAGAAGCAGACCAGCAUUAUAAAAGAGAUGGAGCAGCAGUUGCUCCGCGCCUCCUCUGACAACUCUGCCAUGAAACAGCAGCAGCAGGAGUUGACCAACACAGUCAACAAUCUCAUCCACACCAUCUCUCCGGGUGGCAGUUCAGCGAUGAUGCAGGAUAACCCAGACCAGUACAAUGACUGUGCCGCAGUAUUCAAGUCAGGGAACAAAGAAAGUGGGGUCUACUCGCUGAUCAUACCUGAUACAAAGCAACAAUUUAAGGCCUACUGUGACAUGGAAACAGAUGGAGGUGGAUGGACGGUCGUACAGAAGCGCUUCAAUGGCCUGGUUGAUUUUCAUCAAACUUGGAAGAACUACUCGGCGGGCUUUGGUGACGUCUCUGGUGAAUAUUGGCUGGGAAAUCAAUUCAUCUCCAAGCUGACACAAGCAAAACAGCAUGUUCUUAGGAUAGAUCUGAUGGAUUGGGAGGGAAACACAGCCUUUUCCAAAUACCAGCAGUUUUCACUCGAUGGAGAGAAGCAGAACUACAGGAUACAGAUCAGCGGUUACAGCGGAACAGCCGGGAGAACCAGUAGCAUGGGCCAGCCAGGCAGUGACUUCAGCACAAAGGAUGUAGAUAAUGACAAAUGUGUUUGCAAAUGCUCACAGAUGCUCUCAGGAGGUUGGUGGUUUGACGCAUGUGGACCUUCCAAUCUCAAUGGAGUGUACUACCAGCAGGGACAGAACACAAAUCGUUUCAAUGGCAUCAAAUGGUACUACUGGAAAGGUUCUGCAUAUUCACUAAAGGCCACGACUAUGAUGAUAAGACAAGCAGACUUUUAAACCGCACGAUCCCGUGCACAAUCUUCAUUGAAGUCACUGCUUUCCUAUCCAAUAGAAAAGGUCUGACCUACAUGCACUUCUUAUGGACUUCUGUUUAGAAGACAAAGCAUUUGAGAAAGCAGCUUUGUUUAAGUGUUAAACUGUUAGUGUUUUUAAUACAACAAAAUGACAUGACCUUGGAUGGAGCAUCACCAAAGUAAAAGAAAACAUGAAUUCUUCUUGUGAGUGACAGGUGUUGUAAUCGGGACACACACCUGCAGACUGACCUACCUUGACGCUUCACAAGAUUUCUGAAAUCAUGUAGAUGUCGAGACAACCAGAACUAGUAUUUUCUAUUUUUAGGGUGUUUAUUUUUAUGUAAUGAAUGUAUUGUAAAUACUAGAUUAUUUGCAAAUUUAGGUUUUAUAUAACAUCAAUGUGACUAUGGUACAAGAGUAAAUUAUAAAAAAUAAUGUGUGAUCAAUUGAUAAAGCUGUCGUUUACACAUGGUUUAAUGCUUUGGGCCUUUUAAACCACACAGAUUUUUCUAUAGUGUGCUACAUGUUGACGUCCAUGUAAAUGCACAGUAACAGUCAUAUAAUGAAAGAUAUGAGCACCGCUUUUCAAAUUCAACCAAAUGUCCAUGUAGGUAUUUCUAUGACGUAGUGUUUCCUAAAGUACAGAUGGUGAAAUGAGAAUUAAAUAUAUUUUGUAUGUUUAGACUUCAAGUGUCCUGAUACUAUCUGUACAUUCUGUUUCCAUCUUCAGUUAACCUGUUUGUAAUUAUAUGUGUACAGCGACUGGUAGAAACUUCCAUUAUUAAACUAUUGUAUUGAAAAUAACUUAUUUGCUAUAGAUACAAUAAAACGUAUGUUUAUGUA